AUGAAGAAAUACAGUAGCGACUGGUCCCGUGGGGACAAGCUCUAUGAAAAGUCUGGCUGUUCCUCUCAAGAGUCACAAACAAGCUACCAAUAUCAAAGUAGCCAGAUGUGUGAGGAGGAGGUGACAUCUCAACUGGCGAAUUAUAACUUUUCAGGCACCCCAAGUACCCUGAUGUCCUUUACUAUGGAUUUUAAAACUUGCGUGGAACAAACAUGUAGAGCCGCUGAGGAAUUCAUCAAUAUUUACUAUGAGACAAUGGACAAAAGAAGACAUGCAAUUGUCAGGAUGUAUUUGGACAAGGCCACCCUAAUUUGGAAUGGAAAUGUUGUUACAGGGCACGAAGCCCUUUCUAAGUUUUUUGAGACGUUGCCUUCCAGUGAGUUCCUAAUCAAUAUGCUGGACUGCCAACCAGUGCAUGAGCAAGCUACCCAGUCUCAGACUACAAUUCUUGUUGUGACCAGCGGAGCCGUGAAGUUUGAUGGAAACAGAAAACACUUCUUCAACCAGAACUUUCUUCUUACUGCACAUAGCACUACUAACAACACCGUGUGGAAGAUUGCAAGUGACUGCUUCCGUUUUCAGGAUUGGGCUAGCUGUUAA